UGUAAUUUUUCUUUAUAUAGGGAGACAAAAAUCCAAUUAGGUUAAAUACUUUGAUUCAGACGACUUCCUAGACGACUUACAAGUAAGUCGUCUGGUUUAAAUUAUUUAAGCGGGAAAAUAAUUUUUAAAAAAAAAUUAAGCGGGAAUAUUUGGACGACUUACAUGUAAGUCGUCUGUUUUAAUUUUUUCACCAGACGAUUUCCAUGGAAGUUGUCUAGACCCUAAACAUAACCCCUAAACUUAAUUAACUAACUAAAAACUUCAUAAAAUCAAAUUAAACUUCAAAAGUGUUUACUAUACACAAAAAUAAACACGUAUAGGUAAAAAAUUUAAUUUUUCAAAAAAACAUUCAAGCUUUCCAAAAUCUAACCCUAAGAAUACAUACAAUACUACAACAUAUGUUGCCAAAUCCUAGACCAAAGAAUACCAUGAAUCACUAUCUACACUCAUCUAUGUUGAAAACAAUUCAAUUUUGUUAUAUUUUAAUUUUAAUUUAUAUCACUUAAAAUUGCUUAUAAUUACAUGAUUUUAAUUUUUCGCUUAUCAAAGUAUUUUUUAAAAUUUUAAAAAUUAUUUUUAAGAUCAGCUACACUAGAAGACUUACUUUGAAGUCAUCGAGACGACUUUCAACUUCUGAGACGACUCAGACGACUUACUGUGAUAUUCGUAAAUAUAGUUUCUGUUUUUUUUUGUGGUCACAAGGAGCUGGACUGUAAUUUCACAAGGAUUUUAGGUUAGUUUUGCAUUUGAUUCAAGUUUAGUUAUAUGUUUGGAGUUAAAAUUAAGUUGUGAGCUAAUUUUGGCAAAUUCUCCUUAAUUAAAUGAUUAACUGACCCGCGAUUGAUCCGUCAUUGACCCAAUAACCUCGAGAUUUGGGAAGUUAUCCGGUUUGGUUUCGGAUUCAGAAACACCUUGGAUUCCAAAAAAAAAAAAACUAAACAAUGAAAAAAAGGAAUAAUUAAUGAAACACCUUGGAUUCAAAAAAAAAAAACCUAAAGAACUGAACAAUGAAAAAAAGGCAUAAUUAAUGACAAUUACUCGUAUUCCUUAUUACAUAAGGAAAUUGACUAUUCCUAGUGGAAUCGAAAAUCUCAAUUGGUAUAUAUAUAUGUUUGUGUUCGAAGAUUGUGAAUUUGACGGCCGACUAAAGAGGAAAAACCACGUUCCUAUCCAAGAAACCUAACCGAAACCUAUCGUCAUGGAGUGUGUCUCAAGCACAGAGGAUAAACCACGCACAGGAAUACUUAAUCUUGAUGUUCUCAGUUGCCCUAUUUGCAUCGAGCCAUUCACUAUUCCUAUCUUCCAGUGUGAUAAUGGGCACUUAGCUUGCUCCUCUUGCUGUCCCAAACUGCGUAAUAAAUGCCCUUCCUGUGCUUGGCCUGUUGGCCACAGUCGCUGCAGAGCAUUGGAGACUGUUCUUGAGUCGACCUCUAUCCCAUGCCAAAACGCCGAGUUUGGAUGCACCGAAAAAUUGACUUAUGGGGAAGAAUCAACUCAUGAAAAUACGUGCAGUUUCUCUCCAUGCUCCUGCCCUGUACAAGAUUGCAAUUACAUUGGCUCAUACAAGGAUGUCUACGUUCACUAUAAAAAACUUAUCCACAAGAACCCCCAAUCAACAUCACAGCGCUAUAGGGUCCGUUGUGGCGAAUCCUUUUGUGUCAAGAUGAAUAUCAGUGAUAACUUAGUAAUCGGUACGUUGUAUAAGGAGAGGCUAUUGUUUACAGUGCAGAGUUUCAGGAAGUCUAAUGGUGUGUAUGUUACUGUAAGCUGCAUUGCACCAUCUUCUCCAAAAGCAGGAAAGUUCUCAUAUUGUAUAACUUAUACAGUGCAUGGACUCAGUAUAACUUACAAAUCACCAGAGUUGAAGAAGAUUCAGAGAGUGAGCUUUCAUACACCUACAGAGAAUUAUAUGUUGAUUCGUAACAGUUCACUGCAUGGUGAAUCGUUGGAGAUGAGGAUUUGCAUCAAGAAGGAAAAAGAGAUGAAACGUACGAUAUAAAAGGUCCUCAUCAGAAGCGAAGAGUGUUCUUGAAGUAAGCUCUUAAAUCUCUAAGUAUGAACAGAGUUUCAUGUUUGUUCCUAACAAUUUUUUUGUUUGGUAAAUCGUUGAAGAUUAAUUACCAACUAGUCCAUUUCUCACUCAAUCAGACAUUGUGUCUCUCUUGUAAUCUGAUAUACAAGAUUGGUCUUUUUAUUUUUGCUUUUGAUAUUCUUAUGAUAUCUCUAUCUACCUUGUCUGAUCGAUUUAAUGCUCCCGUUUUCAUUAACUACGAUGUAACUUUGACAUGAUGAACUAAGAUCAAAUUUAAUUAUGACGAGCUUGAUAGUUUCGUAUAUGGAUAUAAUGCGAACAUGAGUGACGAUUAGCAUAUCGCCUGCUUUUCGUCUGGUUAGUUGUUUCUCUGGAAACUCUAUCUAUCUCGUCUCUUUUGUUUGAACGGCCCAUUUUCUUAGUAUUAUGAGAAUAUAGUUAGGACUAAGUGUUGUAGGGAGGGAGAUGGUACUAUUAGACGCAUUGCACCUUCUACUCCAGGAUUAAGGAAGCUAUCAUAUCGUCCUUCCUACAGUGAUGAUGGACAGAUUCUUAUUUGAUAACCAAAGCGGAAGAUACUUCUUGACGUGAGAUCUCUCAAACCCUGAAGAGACUUUCAUAUUUGCCAGAUUCUCCCUGCAUUCUUAAUUGGAUUAUGAGCAUAUCAUAUGGUGCAUAUCUCAUGAUGUGCACCAUAUCCCUAAUGCGCGUACAACUGAUUCGUAAAACUGGCAAUCUCAAUAUUAUACAUAUGAAUUCUACUGUGAAUCAACAGUAAGAGAAAAAAAUUUCAUCAUCGAAAAGAUCAGAGAGAAAAAUAAAUAAAUAGUGAUUGAUAGGUACAUGAAACGCACCACCACAUGGCUACACAUCUGCAAAAAAACCAAUAUAUUGAAAACUACAGGAAUUAUAUGAAUUGCAUGAUGACAUCACUGAACUAAUAUGUGUUAGGUUUCUAACACCAUAAAUAUAAUUUGAAACUUGAAAAAUGGGCUGGAUUGAAAUUUGGCACCAUCCAGUGAAUUAUCUUUUGAGAAACGGAUCAUAAUAUAUAUCCAAAU